AUGAAUGCUCGUGAUUACAAGCCCUUACCUAACGCAUGUGUUAAAAAUUUGUGCGACAAAUUAUUCGAGAAGAGGAAGGCAGGUGCAAUGGAAGUAGAACAGCUGGUGAGAACCUAUGUUUCAAAAGAGAAGAAGGAUGAAAUUAGCAAAGUGUUACAAAUCUUCCGACACGAGUUCAUUAUCUCACCAAACGUCAACGUGCGGAAAGGCGCACUUUUUGGCUUAGCAUCAGUUGCUAUUGGACUAGGGCAGAUCUGUCACUUAUACUCUGAUGAACUUGUUGCGCCUAUUUUUCAAGCUCUUCGAGAUACCGAUUCACAAGUCAGAUACGCUGCCGGUGAGGCUCUUUAUAAUAUAUUAAAAGUGCUUCACGUUCACUCUCUGGAAUACCUUAACGAUUUGUUCGAGGCGCUCUGGACGGCUACCGCUGAUCCUGAGGUAUCCGUCAGACAGGUUGUUGAUCACUGUGAUCGUCUUUUACGUGAUAUCGUGAUCCAGAAUCGCGUAAUCGAUGUGAAGGCCUUCAUGAGCAUUGUCUCCGGGCAUCUCUAUACCCGAAUUCCAUUUACUCGUAAAUUUGUAGUUGGUUGGAUCUCGACUUUAAAUUCUGUUCCUGGACUCAACAUAAUCCAGUACGUUCCUCAAAUUUUGGACGGCCUUUUGACUAUUCUCGGUGAUGAAAACCCGGAUAUCCGGCGAAGCUGUGAUAUUCUUCUGAAUGACUUCUUAUCCAACAUCAUCAAGGAUUCAGAUGCUGUUAACAUCCUCUCAAUGAUAAACAUUCUAAUCAGUCACUGCCAAGAAUCCACUCAGCUUCUUGCUUCAAUGGAUCUGGAUGAGAAGACAGCGGAGGCCCUUCUAAACUUUUCGGGGCCAAAUCUUUCGCCUGAGCGGCUGCGACAGAUAACCGCCCUUCAAUGGAUUUGGCAAUUCGUCAUCAUUUCCAUAUCGAAAGGUCUACAGCUUCUGCCUCUUGUGGCUCCCAUCCUCUCUGCUGUCCUCCCCUGCAUUGAUGACAGAGACGACGUAGAUGACAGAAGUGAGUUGAGGACUAGUUGUCAUUUUCUGCAGCAAGAUAGAUUGAGCCUUUGCAUUCAAGUCGGUUCUGGACUUUCGAUGUACGGUUCGUUUGGCGUCUUUUCUUCUUCAGCUGCAUUGAAACGGGCGGUUGACAUUAAUGAGAUCCUAAUGAACUUUGUUCAUAACCUUCGACAGUCACGUUCAGAGAGCGGUGAAUGUGAUCUAAACUGCUCCGCCUUCCUAGAGGUGGUGUACGGAGCGUUUGAUCACCCCUCGGUGCUCACUCGUCUGACCGCGUUGCGUUGGGUUGAGGUGCUCCUCUCUGUCAACCCGGAGGAAGUUUUUACCAACUCUGGUGAACUCAUGCCCCUGCUCCUCAAAUUGCUCUCCGACCCCGCUGUUGAGGUUGUUCACUCAACCGUUUCACUGGUGGGUAGUCUGUGCAAGCACCCUGUGGCCCAUCACGUGUCGGGAGAUGAUAGGGUCUCGGUGCAGCGUCUUUUCACCAGCCUGAUGCGUAAGGGAUCCGCGGCGCUGCUGGCGAGUCUUGGUAACACCCUUGAAGUUGAUUGUGAACGCGCAAAUCUCCUCUGUCUGCGAUUCCUCUACGAUCUCGUUCAACGUUUCAUCAAUGACCCUCAGAUGCUCAAUGAAAAGGGCAAUCUCAUUGUCACGGUGAGUUUUCCCUCAGAAUGCACCGAACAUUUGUUAUACUUCUCCAGCACUUACAAAGAAAUUUUCUUAUAUCCUUCCCAUUUGCGUUUUACGCCUUCGCUCUACGUUCGAGGCAGUGAUCUCUGCUUGGCCCUUGGAGCCAAGUCUGUAUACUACGUGAUGGCCUUAAUCGUCUCCAAUCUCCUUAAGCCCAAAGAGGCCUUCACCAUUGUGCAGACACUCAAUCUGAUCCUCCUUACCCAGCCCUCCGUCCUCGACUUCCGCGAGUACCUUUACACAAUCGACCUUAACAAGGACGCAGACUUAUUUGAAGAACUCUACCGUGCCUGGUCCCACAAUCCUGUGGCUCUUCUCGCUUUCUGUCUCCUCACACGCAACUACACACAUUGUUGCGAAAUCGUCAAAUCAUUCUCUUAUUUUCUUACUCAACUCCUCAUUCACUCUAGCGGUGAGCUAAACAUGUCUGUGGAUAUCCUCAUGGAGUUGGACCGUCUCAUCCAGCUGUUAGAAUCGCCAGUGUUUGCAAAACUUCGACUGCAUCUCGUUGAUAAGAGAUACAGUGCUCCGUUACAAGAAACACUUUACUGCCUUCUCAUGUGUCUUCCUCAAACUGAGGCCUUUGAUACCCUUCGGCGUCGACUUCAAUGCCUUCCCAAUCACAUCCUUAACCAACCGAUGAGCGAUGCAUCCCAGCCAACCAAAGUGAAUUUUGACGCCCUGUUAGUGCAUUUCCGUGAGGUGCAACGUCUGCUCCAUGAGACUCGGUUGAGGGAUGCGGCUUUGAUGGAGGAUGCGAAGGGUAUCCGAGACGCUACCUUCACAGCUAACACUAUGACAGGCACCACUAAAAGCACUGCCUUAGGAGAUACUGGUACAACUCCUAUCUCAAUCGAAUUAGGGUUUCUUCAGUCAGAGGGACUGACCAACUCUCUGAUGGCCAAUUCGACACAAUUUCUUAUAAAAGUACGUUAA